ACUGGACUAACGCUACACGAACUUUGCAUAAUAUUGGCUGUGCGAAAUCGCUCUUGUAACUGGAGGACAAGUGAGCGCAAACCCACGCCCUAUCUGUUCCAUACUAGAACUCAUGAAAGAGUCUUAAGAAUAAAGUUUAUUGGGUUAUGCUGUUUGAGCUGUUCGCGACCUACGGUGCGCCGAUAUAGAUGCGAAAGCAGCGAGCAAAAUGUGCCUCUUUGGGUGCUGCUUCAAAGGGCAAAGAGAUAAAGCAGCUGAACAAAAAGAGGAGGAGCUUCCGCAGGCUCCUUCAGAACCUCCCUUGCCUACUGCUUCUAUAGGCUCUGUGCUUCCAACUAGGCGGACGGCGUCCGUGAAAGCCUGCUUGGGAAUUGAACAUUACUCCUUCAUCCAGGACGUUGGCACAAACAAUUACUAUGAUGCAAUCACACCAAACCCCGACUCGCUUGCGUCGGCAGUUGGGAGCGUGGCUGCGCAGGCGCGUUCCUCCCGCAGCGGCGCUGCGGCUACCGCUUCGGCCCCUGACUCGAGCGCCUCAGGCGAGGAGAGCAGCGACGUGCUUUUGUGUGUGUCCCCCGCGCUGCCACCAGCCAUGCGGCGACCCAAAUGGACUUCCGAAGACUACGUUGUAAUAGACGAGAUUCACAAGGGACACUCCUCCACCGUCUACAAGGCCCAGUGUCAGGCCAGCGAGCUGGUGGUGGCGGUCAAGGUGUACCAGCUGGGCGGGCUGCCGGAGCUGCAGCGGCUGCACCUGUUCCGGGAGAUCAAGCUGCACUCCGCGCUGCACCACAACCACAUCAUAGGCUUCUACGCGGCGUUCAUGGAGGGCACCAACGUGUUCAUCAUCCAGGAGUUCGCGGACGGGGGCGACCUGCUUGGGCUGCUGUUCAAGUACGGAGGCAAGAUACCCGAGACCGCCUUCCUGAAGCUGGUAGCGGUGCCGCUGCUGUCCGCGGUGCACCAUCUGCACAGCAAGGGCAUACUGCACCGUGACAUCAAGCCGGAGAACGUGUUGUUCACGGCGGACCGCACACCCAAGCUGGCGGACCUGGGGCUGGCCAUUGACAUGCGCGAGGAGCGGCCCAACAGCAAUGCAGGGACGCUGGACUACAUGGCUCCCGAGGUGCUCAACUGCCCGCUCAAACGCACCCCCCAGGAGAACAAGGACAACCCCUCGGCGCCCGGGUACGGACCCGAGGCGGACGCGUGGGCUCUGGGCGCUGUGACGUACGAGAUGCUGGUGGGGCAGCCGCCCUUCAAGGGCAUGACGGAGGAGGACACCACGCAGUUCAUCCUCACAGGCGAGUUGCGGCUGCCCAAGCUGCUGUCCGACUCCGCCAAGGACUUCAUUCAGCGGGCCCUGGCACGAGACCGGCUGGAGCGGCUGAGUGUGGCGGACAUGCUGCAACACCCCUGGAUCCAAUCAGCAGAGGCUCUGGAGGCCGCUCCGGAGCCGCUGGAAGUUGAGGAGCCGGACUUCCUGUCGUACAUCCCCAGCGGCGUCAACGCACUGGGCCCCAACCUAGGUCCCCUGCCCGACCUGAACGAGGAGUCCACAAGCGAGGGCGAGGUUGACGAGGACGACGAGAUCCUCACGCGCUCCCGCACCGGCGCCCUCUCCAACAUGGACGCCUCCUUCCGCAACGGCGCAAACAACGUUCCCACCGGCUCACUGCUCGAGUACGGCGCACUCAGCAUGCUGGGGGGCGGAUCCAGACACGGCGGCGGCGCCUUCUUCGCGGCCCCUAGUCGCCUAGGCAGCGGCCUCACAGCCACGGUGUUCCCGGGGAUGGGCGUGGGUGCUAGCAACAGCGCCAGGCUGAUAACGAGACUGGAGUCCAGCACGCAUGGAGGAGGCAGCCCCUGGCGUGUGCUGAAUGCGGGUGCGGGCGGUGGCGGCAGCUUGGGGGUGAGGGAGCUGGGAAGCGGGAACUCGAAUGUGCCGUUGGUCAUUGCGGGUUCGCCGCCGCCCACGCUGCUGGCGGUGGGCGGUUGUUCGCCGCCUGGGCCGGGCGCGUUACUGACCCGUGGGUCGAGCAACCUUAGUCGAUCAGGAAAGGGGAGUGUAUGAUGGUGGUGGUGGGGAGUCUCCUCGGCUGCGCGUAGGAUGGUGUGGGUUGGCAUGUCGGCGUGCGCAGUGGGAGCAGUGGCGUUGCGGUUGGUAGGUAGGAGAGGUUGCGGCUUGCGGGGCGCAAAAGGGGUCACAGCCUAUUGUGGCUUCUCGUCGCUCGUGUUCCUGGGGUCUCCGGCUUAUUUCGCUCAAGUAUACAAUGGUAGGUGGGUAGCAGACCGGCAAGGCUGGUUGGCCUGCAUGCAGUGUAGGAAAGGGUUGUGUAACGUGAAGUGGGUGGGGAGACAUGGGGUGUACUGCAAAGGGAUAGCCUCGUAGGGGUAGUGACGCGAGUAUGCAGGCAGGCUGGUAGGGAGGGAGAUGCGUGAGGGUAGGGUGCGCUGUUGCCCAAAACAGCGGUUGAUGGUUCACUGUUGCGCUUCAACGCACACCCGGUUUGUGUCCCCAGCGCUACAGGCAGGCAGUCCUUUGCGGCUGGGCGCUGUUGAAGGGCGGCGCUCCUGUUGGGGACUUGUGUUCGGAGGUGUUUGGUGAUCAUUGCUUGGGCCUGCCAGCUGAUGCUUGGGGAUACUCAAGCUGAGGCUGAUGCCGCCACAUGCAUCUGACCCUGCACUUCGUGUGGACGCUGGUGCUGGGUUGGGUUUCUCCUUAGUGAGCAAGUCCGUUGGCCUUUAGCACAAUGUGUAUGUUAAGCCGGCCCAGUCGUUGUCGUCUGCCGGGACAGCUGGUUGCGACGCCAGGCGUGAGCCCCAAUCGGUCUUCAUGAAGCGAGGUAUGAUGGGGGGCUUUAUAUGGGGCUGUGCUGCGUUUGAUAUGCAGCCGCUAUGUGUGUCUAGCACACAUCAGAUUCAGGUCCAUUGUACGUGUCUUUGACAAACACACAUACUGGACGCUAUACUGGGAAUGGGGGCCUAAUACGCCGGUUGUGCUAAUGCCCUUCUAUCUGCUGAGGCCUAUGUCAGGAUCGGCGUUUUGCAAGUAUAGUAUCUUUAGAUGUUGGUCUGCAACACUGCUGCUGCUGCUGCUGUUUGUCGCAUUGUACUGGUAUUGUGUUAUUGCUGCUAGGGACGGAUCGGGCCUUGGUGAGCGGGUGGGGAUGUCUGGCUGCUGCGCCGUCAACCACAUUCGCGCUCUGCGCAUUGGGUUGCUCUUGGUUUGGUGCCGGUUACAGGUACACUAUGCUGAAACUUUUCUGAAUCGGCGUUGCUUUCGUGCUGCUGUCGUGACCGCAUACCUUUGCACUCGACGACGCAAACCAAAACAGAUUGGUGCGUAUGUGGCUGUGACUUUUUAACCUCAUGCAUGCAUGUACGGAUGGAUGUACGGAUAAAUGGCAGGGAGUAGAUGUGGAGCGCCGCUGGAAUGGGUAGCUUUUAGGCUACAUGGCGAGCGCUGGAAAGGGGUGGAGGAAGGCGUUUAGGUCCGUAUGCAUUGAUGCAACGUGGCGCUAGGCGACGGACGGUUGGCCCGUAUGAUCGAGCUCCCGACGGCAACGGAAGGGGGGAUUAUUAGAUGUUUCUUAUACCGGUAUAGUGGAAGGUUUGCAUGCAUAUGAGUGGGUGGUCUGAUUGCCAUGAAGAACAUCUCGAUGCAGUUUUCCCUCGAGCACGCGAGGCGAGGCAUGUAGACUCGUCAACCAUAUGUUGAACUCGUCCUGCUCUUCAGGGGCUCAGCUCCAAGCGAAGGUCCUUUGCUCCUAGGUGUAACGCUCGGGUCGUCUUGA